AUGUCGUCGUCGGCAGCGGAGGGCUCUGAGGACGUCAGUGACUUUUUGCAGCGCAUCAAGGAAUUGGGCGACAGACGAGACCAGGAGGAUGAGGAGCGGAACAGGAAGCUGGAGGAGGAGAUCUUGCAGGGCCGAAAAGAACGACAGGCGCGUCGAGCUGAACGUGCUAGAUCAAUAUCCCCCACAAAGUCUUCACCUGCGAACACGCCCAACGCGUCCAAAAUAUCGUUGGCACUGCCAACUGGUUCACAGUCGUUAUCUCCAUCUGCAGAUCCUUACGGCCUCCAGACCGAGCCUCGCCGUGAGACUUCAAUUGACGAGGCGAUGGAACGUCUCACUGGCACGUCGACAUCCCCUACAAAUACACAAGGAAGCACUGCCCUAGCAAAUAGCGAACGCGUUGUCGAGUCCGAAAACAAGAGAAACGAUUCGAUCAUGGCCUCGCCUUCAAGUGCUAUGCCUUCGAGGAAUCCGACAUUGUCCUGGCAACGGCGUCCCGGCUCCCAAUCCCCAGACCGACCCAGAAGCCGGCCGCUGUCGAUAGUAGCUACAGAGCACGCGGCGCGUUCUCCCACAAGGACAUCAACACCAGAUGCAUCACCAGUGUCAUCUGCAGAGCCUGUGCUCUCCCGCGACCAAAUAGCCCAAUCGCUCGCUACAAAAGACCCUGCGUGGUUCCGCCAGACCGCUGAUAGAGGGCUGAAUUCUCCCGCCUACAGGAGGAAUCAGGUUGAGGAUGAUGAGAGGGCAAAUCACGGAUCAAGUUCUGCGCGGGUACAGAUGCCAGGAAUGUCCCGCGAGAGCUCAGGAACCGAAAAUUCCUCCCCUGCCCUUGGAGAUCGAGUUUCUGCUGCCCGAAGAAGUACUACAUCUGAGAGUUCCACCAGCAGCCCUUACCAGGCUUCUUCCGCGGCUGCUGCUGGUAUCGGAUCUCCAAUCCCACUGACCCCUGCCCAGAGACUCGACCCCCCAGCUUCAGAUUCAAAAUCCGAAACCCGUGGACUGGCAAUGUCGCCCUCACAAGGACGAAUAUCACCAGACAGGCUUAACCGUCCGCUUUCCCCCACAAAAGGCAUGGGUGGAUUUGUGCAGAGUGCCAUGAUGAAGCGGUCAGAUAGUGUCAGCAAGCGAUGGAGUGUUCAAUCCCCGCCUGGCCUGAACAGAACAAAUUCGGUAGCUAGCAACCGAAGUAGCCAUGAUGGCCCUAAUAAUGCUGCUUCAGGAGGUACCGGUUAUCCCUCUCCGAUCGGUUCUAGGCCAAGCAGCCUGAGUCGGGACAAUUCACCACAUCCUACAUCAAGACCUAGCUCGAGUCAUAGCAACCAAACUAUCACCCAAGAGCGGCCCACCACUGCGAGUUCCAUGCGCAGCAGCAUGACGACUUCAACUGACAAUGAUGGUUUUGUCAAGCCUCCACUCCCUACUUCGCGCUCUGAGCCCCUCCAAGGACUCGGAAUUGGCAAGGAGGGUGAGCCGACAGAGCCCAAAGCUCGUGUGGCUAUGACUCCGCCUACCAGCCCCUCAAAGACAAUGGAUACUAGGCGAUGGAGCCCAACAAAGUCUAGUUGGUUGGAAAGUGCUCUAAAUAAGCCCGAAUCCCCUAAGCCGAAACCUGCACCUCCCCCUCAACAGCCUUCGUGGAUGUCGGAAAUCGCCAAGGCAAAGCAGAAGUCAAGUGUAGAUCUUGGCCGCAGCCCGACAAAUGGUCCCAAGCAUGAAGUAAAUAUUGGUGGUCUUAUGAGAUCCCCACCACCAGGCGGGUUUACCAAACCACCUAGCAUUGGUAGCCUUUCUAGUGCAAUUUCUCCUGGGACCUUACCAUAUCGUCGGCUAGAAAAGAAUCCUUCAAAAGAUGGCCAAUAUACGCCAAAGCAGUCCAGUUCUGAUGAUGCAAGCAUGCCAAUUACAUCCGCUACUAUAUCCUCGCCUGUCGUUGCCAAACCGAAGCCGGAAACGCCUCCGAAAAAGGACUUCAGGUCGGCUUUAAAGUCUCGGCAGCUUCCUGCUGAUAAUGGCGGAACAGGCGAGCCCGAGUUCAAGAACGUUUUCGGUCAGCUUAGGCGUACCAAGACACAAAAUUACGUUGCGCCGGAUGAGCUCAAGAACAACAUAACACGCGGAAAGGCGGCCUUAAAUAUCACUGGAGGUCCAAAAAAGACAGAGAGGAAAGAUGAAUUCAAAGAAGCAAUUUUAAAGAAGAAGGAAGAUUUCAAGCGAGUUCAGCUGGAAGGUAAAGGUGUCACUAGAAGACCUAGUGAGGCGGGUAAGGAGGCCGCUCUUCCUGAAGCCCUAGCAAAGGGAAAGUCCCUGGGGAAAUCUGACUCUGCUACAAUUGCUGCCGAGUCCACUAGCUUUUCCCCCCAAACAGAUCGCACCGAACGCUCAAAGCAAAUUCUUCCUUCAAAAGAGAACAUGGCUCCAGUCCAAGCUCAAGGAAAGGUUACUGGUGGGGGCAAGCUCGCUGACCGGUUCAAUCCUGCCCUUGCUGGACUUCUAGCUCGGGGCCCGCCCCCCAUGGCAAGUGAGACGUCCCGAUCAUCAACCCCGGCUUCUCAACGCACCCUGAGCAUGAGCUCGUCGAUAACCACCCCCGAUGCUCCAGGCCCACAACUCACCCAUGUGACCAAGGGUCGUGCACGCGGGCCUCGAAGGAAAGCACCAUCAACCUUACCCGGUACUAUUACUUCUGAGGAAACGGUUUCGACUGCAUCAGCCAAAGUAAACGACCAAGUUCCAACUUCCAACGCCCCCUUGGAUUCGCAAGUCACGGAGCCUUUCGAACCUUCAAAGAAGAAUCAAACCAUGCCCUCAUCGGCGGAUAUCGAGAGCCCCGUAUCGCAGCCUCCGUCGCCCCGAAAGCUGGAUAUCAAGCGCCGCUCACAUUUCCUCCAGGACGCUCCAAAUAAUAUCACCAAAGUAGAACCGCAGUUGGAUUCCCCAAAACCACUCUCACCUAAAAAUAAAGCUAACUCGGCCGAGAUACCUGUGAGUGCACAGCCAUCGAGGCUUGACUCUCCGCCAAAAGCAAACUCACCAAAGAUUCCACUGAAAUCGCCUUCCCUGGCAGCCAACAUCCCCGAGAACACAGGCCCCGAUAAACUUCAAUAUGGUCAAACAGGGAGAACUCCGCAACCCCGACGAUCUUCCAAAGAUGUGAUCAGCCCUGGGAACCGCGCGGCAGACUCAAGAUCACAGCAAGAACCUACUGUUGUAAGAUCUCCUAUCAAGCUCUCCGCGUGCGAUGAUGAAACCCCUGCUACAGUGCCGGCGGGCUUAGAGUCAACAAUACCACUCAAGAGCAAAGCCCCGAUCGGCCUUGGAAUCCAAACAAGAGCGCCUCCUACAGCGCGACCACUUCCAACCCCCCCUGCAAAGACUAUACUAUCGCCACCUCUAAGCACCAGUCUUGAACCUUCUCCAAUAUCGCCAAAACGGGGUGCCGAAAGUCUAGUACCACAGGCAUCAGAGGCCGCCACACUGAUUUCUAAUUUCUUUGCUGGAAAGAAGGCUACCCCGCAUAAGUUCACCGUGGAUACGGCUGGGAUUCUGGCUGCACGGCCUGAUCAAAUCACGGAAAUCAAAACGUUACGUUCCAGCCUGUAUCAACUCGCAGGUGAUGGCAAAAAGCUUCCGGUACUCAGCCACCAAGAGCGCAACUUGUUCGAAGGGAAUAUGUACCUCUGUUCGCAUACCUUCGAAGAUGCGGCUGGCAGGAAACUUACGGAGGUGUAUCACUGGAUUGGAGAUGAAGUACCGAAUUCUAUUGCAGAAGAGACUCAUCUGUUUGCUCAGAUGGAAGCCAAGAGUUGCGGAGGCAACCUAAUUACCGUCAGACAAGGCAAAGAACCCCCUGAAUUCUUCCACGCUCUAGGAGGUAUCAUCAUAAUCAGGCGUGGAACUUCCAACAAAUACGACUCCCUUGCACCACAUAUACUUUGCGGGCGAAAAUAUUUCAACCAAAUCGCUUUCGAUGAAGUCGACUUCUCAGCAAGUAGCUUAUGUUCGGGAUUUCCCUACCUCAUAUCCGCACCAUCAGGCAAAGCAUACCUGUGGAGAGGGAGAGGCAGUGGUAUUGAAGAGAUGAGUUGUGCCAGACUCAUCGGUAUGGACUUUGGCCUAACCGGUGAGGUCGAGGAGGUGGAAGAUGGCAAUGAGCCUGCAUCUUUUCUUGAUAUAUUCAACAAAGCAGAGAUCCCGAAGUCGGCAGACCAUUGGAGAAUGAAACCCAACUAUAACAAGCACUGCAAUCGGUUGUUCCGUGCCGAUGGUAUGGGCAAAGAACAGAUCGUCGAAAUAAGCCCGUUCAGCCAGGCAGAUCUUUCUCCCUCCUGCAUCUACGUUUUGGAUGCCUUCUUCGAGAUGUAUAUCAUUGUCGGCGCAAACGCCCAGUCGCAGUAUCCGGCCUUCCAUAAUGCCCUCGUGUUCGCGCAGGAAUAUGGCAUUCUCGCGGCCGGCCUAGAAGACCGCCCGUUUAUCCCGGUAUCUACUGUGGUAAUUGAAGGCAUCCCUCGGGAUAUGAAGAGUGUGUUUCGCAAAUGGAGAGAGGGAUCAGCACCUACACGGACCCAAACGGCGGGCUUGCAGCGCGGACGAAGUCUGAGGGUCGUUCCGCUGAAUGCGGCGCUUGAAGCUACUCGCUAA